CAGGUUCGCAUUGCUGGCGCUGUGCUGCGGCAUGUCCCGCGCCGUCAACUUCGAGAACAUGCAGCUGUUCGAGCGGCUGGGACUGGGGCGCACGGUGGACGAGGCGUCACCGCGUAUCCGCAGCCUCAAGACGCCUGGCAACUCUCCCAUGUUCGUCAUCCGACUGCCCCCCAGCCCGUACUACUACCUGAACCACGUGCGCGGCGGCGGCGGCGGCGGCGCGAAGCCGACGGCAGCGCCCUCCUUCGCACGCGUGCCGCUCGACUUCACCAUCAACGGGAAGCCGGACCGGCUCUACCACUACAACCUGGGGGUGACGCCGCCCAUGGUGGACGAGACGACGACCACCGAGGCCACCACCACCACCAGCACCAGCACCACCACCACCACGCCUCGGCCGAAGGUGAACCACGCCCAGCGGCUGCGCCACAAGUAUGCUGACUACUACAAGGGCAACAAGGCACCUUCAGCCAUGAAGAAGUACAAGUACGCGUACAACGGCAAGCCGUCCAGCUUCUACGUGAUGCGCGGCAGUAGCGCCCGGAAGCCGGUGUACUUCAGGAGGUUUGUCUGAGCGACGUCCGAGGCCCGGCCGGGGGUGGGUCGCCCGCUGGCAGGCUCAGUGUCCGCUCAGCGGCGCUACCCGGGUCAGGGCGCGGACGAACCUCGCCACGAUGCAGCGGCUGGGUUCGGCAGAAGGCUGAGGAAAGGGAGAGAGAGGGAGAGCUUGUGUCCGGCGUCGCUUUCAGUGCCCUCUCGCCGACGCAGGGGUACACCGAUAUUAUCUGCACGUUGUCCACCCCCUGGGUCUCGCGAGGUUGCGGAAUGCAAAUGCGGCGCGCGUUUGCCAUUGUUGCUCGUGGUUGUUGCGUGUUUCUCAUUUUCAUGCACAUUGGUUGUUGAAGUGGUUGGGUGGCCUUUGUAAUGUAAUCGCGUGUUGUUACUUAUCGAGUGAACGUUCGAGCUCUGUUAGCAUGCCUUGCAAAUUCGACCUGGCUUGCACUGAGCUAUGCUGGCGUGUAAAUUAUAACCUAAAUAUCGUUUUUCAAGGCGAUUUUAUUUCGAUGCUUGCCUCUUUUUUAUAUUUGCUCCCCUUUCUCACGUUUACACAAGGAAACGGCAGCUAGCAACAGCUAUUUAAGGUCCAUCUGCGCAAUGUUUUUGUUCGGAUGGCAGUUGUGUUGUUUUGUGUAAUGUUGAAAAUAUUAAGAUCCGCUUUGUGUUAUGUUACAUGUUAUACUGUAGAUACGACAUUACGACACUGACGUAUAUACCGCAUGCGCACGUUAUAUAAACUCAAGGAAUGUUGUUACAAAGUAGUACCAGGGCCGACCGUGUUCUGCCACCUCCAUCACUACCUUUAGGUUUAGAAUGCAGGCCUGACAGGAGACAGGCCAUUAAGACUACAUAUAUCCAUUUCGGUGCACAAUUCUCCGAGGUUAUUUCACCACCGCCUGAAAAGCGAGCGAUGAGCUUGCCGCAACAAACCGUCAGCAGCCUGCGCAGUUAGCUGUACAUAUGCCAUCGGCAAUUGCAUAAUCUCGCCGAGGCCGUAGACGACAUUCCGAACAUGUGUUUGUAAAGCCACGUCACGAGUGCCAAGAAGGUCGAGAUGUGGACCAGUGCGAUGUACUACUUCACUGUUGUUCUUGAUUUGAUGCCUAUUUAUGUAACGCCAGCUGACGAAUUAUUUGUUUUUGUAAAUAAACUUUUAUCAACCA